UUUGUCUUCUUCGAUCCUCUCAAAAUCAAAAUAUUUCAUCUUACACACAUAAUCUCUAGAUCUCUUGAUCAACAAAACACUCAACUAUAUGGGCAACUACGUUUCAUGCGCUCUAAGCAAAACGACUUCAUCUAAUUCAUCAUCAUCAUCACCGGCGGCUAAAGUGAUUCUCCCGGACGGUGAAGUACGUGACAUCAACGUACCAACAAAAGCAGCCGAGCUCAUGAUGGAGAUGCCAAGCCAUUUUCUCGUUGACGUCAAGUCCUUAAAAAUAGGUCGUAAACUCAUCCCUCUCGCAGCCGACGACGACCUAGACGUUGGAGGCUGCCAUGUAUACGUCGCGUUCCCCAUGACGCGUGUGGCUUCCGCAGCCAAUGCAUCCGACAUGGCUCGGAUCUUCAUGGCCGGCAAGAAACGUUUGAGAAGCUGUGACAAUAGGAAAGUGUCUCCAGAGGAGGAGGAAGAUGAAAACGCGAGGUUGGUUAAGGGAACGAAGCUGAAUCUUGAAGAUAUAGAAGAUUUCUCGGCGGUGGAGUUUAUGCAUAGGAUCUCUGUUUCCAAAUCUAAGAAGCCAGAGUUGGAGACAAUUGUCGAAGAAAACGUGUCGUUGUAAUAUUACAACAACCCGAUCUGUUAUUUAUUUAUUUUAUUUACUGAAGUGCCUCUUUUUUUUUGUGGUAUUAAUGUACCAGAACGAGACAAUAUUAGUCCAGAUAUAGGUUUUGUUUCCCUUAUGUAAAUGUUUUAUUGGGGGUUAAUUUGUGGAUUGUGGAAUCAU